AAGAAAUUCUCCAGUAUUUGAGCAAACUCGUAAAUUAUGCGCCCGGCGAGUGCAUCGCAUGUCUGCGGCAACUGUUGAAAUAUUUAUUUGGCCAAAAUUAUGGCAACCAGCAGCGAGACUAUUAUGCCACAUUCAUAAGGCCGUAUUUUGUGGUGCGCAGCAAAGGACAACAGCUGCAACUACACCUACAGCAGCAGCGGAGUCCGCAGAAACAACAAAAGUGGCCAACACACAACAAACAACAACAGCAACACGCGCAGCAGGGAAGUAGCCGUAGAGGAAGCAACAGCAGUAAGUUCACGCAAGCCAGUGGCGAUCACCAGCAGGCAAUGACUAUGUUGCAUGCCAUAAAUUCCGCUGCUGCAACAACUUUGGCUUCCACCGCCGCAGCUGGAGGAGUUCCGAGAUCAAUGGCAACAACAAGUGAUGGCUCAGCCAGCGCGCUGAAGGGCGCAGCAGGCGCUGGUUUGUCGACCCCGACAAUGACUACGUCAACUGUCAGACACAAUGAGCCAAAUGUAAUUGGUGCACAAGCAAAAGCGACUUAUGCCAACCGUGGUCAGGCGCUCAUUGACUCCGGUCAUGCCAGUGGCGUUGUGAGUGUUGCAGCUGUUGCAGCUGGUGACAACGACCACAAUCAACCGCACUUGUCGGCUACGGAGUAUUAUCGUUUGAUGGGCGAAUUAUUUGCGAGCGGCCUAAAUUUGCAAGCUGCCAAGUCGGAGCGUGCCGGCGACUGUGUAAAGCAUAUUAAACUGUUUGAGCCGCUGGUAAUCUAUUGUCUCAUGCUUUUCCUCAAAUCGAAUGCCCGUGUCCAGGCGCCCAUAUUGGAGUUGUUGUCACAGUUGCUGGAACUCAAUGUCACUUACAGUGUGUUGGACUCGAAAAAUGUAAUAUUUGAUCAGAUUUUAAACAAUUUGGAUUUAAUUGAAAAUGGCAUCGUCAGAAAUGGCCCGGUCAUCAUUCCGCCUAUGAUUAAAUUCCUUAUACAGUUGACACACAAGAGCGAUCGCAAACUUAUAACGAUACCGAAAAUCAUCAGCAUCACCAACAACUUACUGGCCAACAAUGCGGUGCUCGACUGCGCUGUGCUCGCGCUCAAAUCGCUCUCCUACGAGAUCUUCUUCAUGCCGCCCGUCGGUGGCAGUGCCGCACUCAACACGUUAGCCGACUAUCGGGCACCCUUCCAAAGUCCAGUUACACGUUCGCCGGUACAACAACGUCGGCAUGCUGCUGAGGAGUCGGCCGCCGCUGCUGCCGCGGCUGAAGCGCUUUUGGCGAAUAGUCGAGAGUUGGAUACACAGAAGGAGGUGGUGUUGGGCAUGUUGGAGAAAUUCGUGGAUGCCACUGAGUUGCAGCAUGUUGUAGCUUUGUUGUUGUUACGCGAACGUUGUGCCCAGCAAAUGGACGGUGGCGCUUUUGCGCGAAGCAUGGAAGGUGGUGAUGCCUCUGCGGUGGAGCGGCAGAAAAGUAGUUGCAUUUUGGAAUCAACGCGGUUGCAAGAUCCCGGCGUGGUUUAUGCUCUGAUUUGUCGCGCCAUGUGUGAUGGACGUUUGGGCGUGCACAACUGGCGAGACUUUUACACACUGGAGUCGUGUUUCAAGAACUAUAGCAAAUAUGUGCUGGCGGAUAGCAAGAAUUUUCUGGCUUUGUUGCAACUAUUAUUAAGUGAGGGCGUGGAGUGCUUUUCCGCCUUGGCGCAUGCAACGAUCAUACUGGCGAAUGUAAUACUUAAAACUGAGGAAAUUUAUUUAGUAAAUCACAUCAAACUUUAUUUGAAAAACCAUCCGGCGGUGGAGGAGCAGGAGCGCCAACGCGCGCACAAGCAACGCAUGCAGCAGCAGCAACAACAGCAACAGCGCGCGGCGCUCUGGCUGCUGGACGGCCCGUCGACAUCUUCAGCAGCGGCGCGUGCAGCCGCCACCGCGCUCAGCGCCACAGCAGGCGACGCGGGUGCGGAUGCGGGUGCGUGUGCGGCGUCGAGUGCUGGCAUAAGUGAAAUUAACUAUUUCGCAAAAGUUUUAUGCGAGAAGCUGGAGCAUUGCUUUGAUGCUGUCGCCGGCGCUGGAGCUGGUGCUGGUGCUGGCAUUGACAACUCGCCGCUCCGUGUCGAUACGGCCUACUGUCAGUUAGUGUGCCGUUUCGUUGCCGCUUUGCAUGAGGUCUGCUGUCGGUCGCGUCACAAGGACGCGCUGCAAUCAGUUUUUCGUUUGGUCUUGGCCGAAUCAACUUUGCUCGAUAAGUACUGUAAUUUCCUGACGAUGGAUCAGUGGCGAAAGGCUACGAAUGUCGACGGGCACGUGGGUGCAGGCGCUGGCUAUGAUGGUCAUGAGGCCAGUGUUGUUGUCGAUGAAUGUUGCAGGACGGUGUCGUUGGGGCAGGCGCUGCAGCUGCAGCUGGAAGUCUUGAAACUUUUGUCGGCCAUGAAAUUGUUAGAUCCGGUGGUGAUGUUGCAAUUGCUAAAGCAACAAAAACAAAACGCAUUACAACAACAACAACAACAGCAUGCACAGCAAAUGGCAACAAAUAAGGAGCAACUGAAGUGGUACGACAACAUGCAGCGGACACUUCUGAGUGAAAUUUGCCAGCAAAAUCCGUAUGCGCGCGACUGGUCAACGCAACAAGUGCGCUCAACUGCUGGACUUGGGCGGUCGAUUUGUGGCGAAGUGGCCGCUGCGCAGGCGACGCACGAAGCGGCUGGCAGAUUGGACGCAUUAUGGUUGAAUGCGUUGCUGCAACAUGCCAGCGCGCUCAACAAGCACUCGAUACGCGCGCUGCCGCCUCUAUUGCUGCGCUUAUGCAACGCCUCAAGGACCUCCGUUGCCGGUUGUAAUCUCCAAAUGGCGCUACUUAGCCUACAACUAUUGCAGCGCUUACAUGCGCGCCACAACAAUGCGCGCGCUUUGCAAGUGCGUUUGGAGCGUUUAGCGCGUCGCCUUGUAUGUUAG